GUCGUCUAGAAGAAAUUUGUUUUCUUUUUCAUUUCCCUCACUCACCACUCGUCCGUAAAUAUUUGCAGUUGGUGGUUGUAUUUAAAAUUGCUUCUUUUAGCUAUCGCGAUAUGUAAUAAAGUUUUAAAUUCUCUUUAAACUUAUUGUUAAACUGAAAAUCUUCGCAUCGUUUCUUCUUCUUUAAGACUGUUUGACUCAUCAUUUAUCUAUGGCAGACCAUAGUCAUCAUCAUCACCAUGGAAUGCAUGACUCUCAUCCCAUGGAAGAUGAAAGUACCACCAUGUUCAGUUCUUUGCCAACAACAGCUGCCACCAUCCUUCAAGCAGUUAUGAGCACUGUAAUGACAGGUGAUACACAUGGUCACCAUCACCAUACGAGUACAGACAACCAGCACAUAGGUCAUCAUAUGAGCUCAGACCAGGCUGCGACUGCCAUAACUCCAUCCUCUGAUGUUCACGCCAGCCAUGUCGCUGCUGGAGGAGAUCAUGGGAUGCAGAUGUUCUUUUAUUUUGGAGUUGACGCAACUAUUCUUUUUAAAGAAUGGACUACAUCGACCACAGCAGGUUUAUUGUUUUCAGUCAUUGGUAUAAUUAUCUUAGCAAUGGUUUAUGAAGGAAUUAAGUUUUUUAGAGAAUACUUAUUUAAGAAAUAUUUUACUUCAUUGGAAUAUUCUUCGGUAUCAGUACUUGGAGAAGAUGGUAAACCAGUGACAGAGGUUCAUAAAGUUGCAAGGAAUCGUAUGUUCAGUUGGCCUCAUCUGUUGCAAACUUCUUUACACGUCAUUCAGAUGGUACUUAGUUAUUUCCUGAUGCUGAUAUUUAUGACAUACAACGUAUGGUUAUGCAUAGGUGUAAUUGCGGGUGCUGGAAUUGGAUAUUUCUUAUUUGGAUGGCGAAAAGCAACUGUAGUAGAUAUAACUGAACAUUGUCAUUGAAAUUAAACUUUUUCUACAUGCUUAAAAAAUUGAAAUUCUGC